AUGGAGCUGGGAACCCCGAACGCCCGCGGGAAGCGGCUGCAGGGCCUGGCGACUCCCGCCCUGCCCGUUUUUAGGGCCACCCGGCCCGGCUUUCCUCUGGAGAAGCUUACCGCGCCCUUCGGCGGGGCGCGGCAAAAGGCUGCCCGGUUCCUUUCUCCUCCCGGUUGCAGCGGGGGCGGCCCUACGCCGUUUCUCACCGGUAACCGCUCUCCCUUCCUAAGCCACCACUGUUCCCUGCCCCGAGCUCCCCGCGGGUUCCUGCUCUGCCGGUGCUGGGGUCUUUGUAACGAAGUGCGAUGCGGUGACUGGGGGUCUGGCACCAGGGGCGGCAAACCGUUCUUCCCGCGGCUCCCCAGGCCCUCUGCGCGCCUGCGGAGCCGGGGGCGCGUAGGCUCCGCCAAAGUGCAACGUGCUGGUAGAGAUCAGUCUUUCCCAAUCGGCUCCUUGCAGACGCCCUUCGGCCUCCUCAGAGUAUUCAGCGUUGUGAUCCCUUUCCUCUACGUCGGGACUCAGAUCAGUAAGAACUUCGCAGCCCUGCUUGAAGAACAUGAUAUCUUUGUCCCAGAGGAUGACGACGACGAUGACUAAAGGAACUGUAACGGAAGAACAGAAGGGAGAAAACCAUUGACAAAGCAAUGGUUCCAACAUGUCACCUGUGUUUUGCCCUUCCUAAACGGGACAGGGGCUCUGUAUCCCCUUUGCCAGCAAGUGUCCUGCGUGUCUGUGUGACAGAAAUCUGUAGAUGAGGGUUGAAGGAAGUGCUUGAUAGGCCCUGCAUCCUUGCGCACACACGCUCACCUCAUUAAAGACUGCUUGAGACUCCUUUUAUUAGCAAUAUGGGAAAAACUUUAAUUAAAGAUCAAGAGAUUGAGAUACA